UUUGAGAACCCCGGCGCGAAAAACAGCGUAUUUAUUAAAGCGCCGCAAACAACAGAGACAUUUGUGAUGUGUACAACGGGGGACAAUGGAGAAAUAAUCAUCCUCAGUGAUGAUGAUGAAGAUCAUGACGUGUCAUGCAGUGAACCCUCGGUUCUCAUUGUGGAGGUGGAGGAUGUGAAGAAGAAUGAUUUUGUCUUACCUCAAAGUGCUCUGGAUGAGGACCUGGUCGUUACCUUCUCCCGCCGUGCUGAAGUGCUGCCUCACGCACGCUAUGACUGUCCCAUUCAUCCUUUCACGGCCUCAGAGUGUGAGAUCAGCGCUCCUGUGGCCAGUAACCAGCUCACCUGUGAUCAGUGCUUCUGCUACAUCUGUGACAAGCUGGCGUCUGCGUGUGUAAUGUGGUGUCACAGCGGCACAUGUCACUGCAACAGCCACAAAAGGAGCACCUUCUGGAGCAACUUGAGAAACAGUGCACUGCUGGGAGGACUGAAGGCUUUCAACCUCACUCUGACUGAAAUAGAUGCUCAACUCCGAAAUGCAGAGACGAUGCUGCAGAGCUUCAGACAAGAGCUCUCUGCACAGUUCUCAACCUUCCUGAAGGGACAGAUGUUACAAAACCAGCAAGGCCUCCUCCAUGAUUACACACCUGUGUACGAGUUUGUGUCAUCGUUCCUGAGCAAAGCAGACGAACAGGACGGCAGAGCAGCUGCCAUCAUGAGACUGGGAGCAGCUGAAGACUUUAUUAGACAUUAUCACCCCACAGGAGGUUUCAUCUUGCAGUCUCCCAUGGCCAGUGCUCAUGAGGCUAAAGUGGUGUUACUGCAUAGGGUCAUUACAUCAGUGCAGAAACAGAUGGUGAUGGCUGAUUUUACUCCAGAGUUCAGCCACAAGCUGCAGGAUUUUUACAAGAGAUUGUGUUUCCCAGGCGAGCUGAAGAUGAAGAUGAAGAACAGCUUGUGUGUUCGGUCCUGGGAUGAUGUCCUGCUGGUGUCUGUGCUGAAGGGGCAGAACGUGUUGGGCGUCCGCAAAGACAAAGGCAAGAAGGACGUUCUGAAUGAGCCGAUUCCAAUAGUUCUACUGAGAACAGAACUACUACAGCGGCAGCACAGGUACAGAGAGUUGUGUCGCUACCUACGAGUCGUCCAGACUGAUGAUUCCGAACUCUUCCAGGCAGUUCAAGACCUCAUCCCUUUCUUCUUGUGCAUGGAGGGAGACUUCAUCUUGGUUUGCCAGAGUUUGUUCCCCUCUCUGAACGGCCCCGCCUCUCGCUUCACGCCAGCCCUCUUCCUCUUUUAUCUCCGCAUCUUUGAAACUGCGAGAGCACCACAGCUGACGGUCAGUCAUCCUGAGCAGCUCUGCUCUUCUGAUGCAACGUGGGGGCCAAUUAAAGAUGCUGUUCCUUUGAGGCGUGCUGAGCUGGUGAAGUUUGCUCUCAGGGUUCACAAAUGCUGCUCUGCUGUCUACGCCGAUUCUCAGUGUUGGACCCGUUUACUCACAGUUGUCAACACACCUUGUGGUUCACUCACUUCCCUACCAGCACCGAACCCACGGUUUCUACACGAAGCGAAGAGUGUUGUGAAUUCAAUACUCCUCAAGCAGCACGGGUCAAACGUACAUAUCCCACGAUACUUUCUGGAGGUGUACCCAGAUCAGGCCUUGUUACUGUUGGUAACAGGGGCUUUAUGUUUGAGAAUCCUCAACACUGCUCUGUGUCCAGCCCUCCCUGUGCUCAACACUUACAAGGAGAAUGUGUGGGCUUUCUGGUGGCUGUGGUACAGUUUGUCCACCAACGCAGAAAGACUCAACUCCUUCUUGCAGGAAAUCACACAGGAGGUGGAAAACACAACAGAUGGAGAGAAUUCAUUACCCUUUCUUCGCUCCGUCGUACCCACUCUGUCUUCUUCAACAGAGAAGUCGGACCACACCUACUGCAGUCCAGCAGCUGUUAAACUCUGCUCCCCCCAAGUGAAGGCACAGUAUCAGCUCUUGUCCUGAUUGCACAUCGAUACUGCUGCCAGACUCGUUGCUGUGCUGUCGACCAGAGUUAUCAGCUUCAUACAGGCGUCAGAAUACACCUGCACAGACCAGGUGUUGUCGGUAUGAUGCAGAGAAUAGCGUCCUCGCUGUUAUCCAGCAUUUAAUAACGCCAUAGAGACACUAUAUGUUGCUUUAUUCUUUAAAGACUUGAUCAGUGUUUGUUCAGUGUGCUGGUAGUCUGAACUAGAUUACAAGUGUUAAUUCUGCACUGUGCCAUUUUUUAAUUUAAUUUAAUUUUUUUUUUUCUUUUUACUUUACUGUUUUGCUUUCUGGAAACACUUCUGGAUAUUCACUUUUGUUAUAAAUGAGGAAAUUAUUUACAGAUAAAUAAAUGAAAACUAUGAACCGCUCUGGACAAAUUAUAGAGAAGGAAACUUAUGUCUUUGUUACCCUGGAUUGCUGAAUUAUUGCUUAAAUUUCUGAAUUCCAGUGUAAAAUACAACUUUAUUUUCUGAGUAAAUAUACAAACGCUCAAAUCGGCUCAUAUUUGCAUCAUUAAAGUAACAACCAUAAAAGUACAGUGUUAAACAGAAGGAGGAUGUUGUGCUGCUUCAGAAUCUGUUUAGACUUUAAAAUCCAAGUUCUUAAACCUGUCUACUUAA